AUGGGGCCGGCCGAUGAAGGUGGCGGCUAUUCAGAUGGAGGAGAGGAUUUGCAUGAUGUGUCAGACCUUGGCGGGGCAGCGGCGCCGCACUCGCCGGCGCCAGCGGCGCUUGGCGCAGGGGACGGUGCAGCAGGCACCGGCGAAGGGCAGCCCGAAAAGAAG